AUGGAACGAGCAAUUAAUGAAGUGAGAUCUGGUCGACUUGGAUACCUUGCUGCCAGCAAGGAAUAUGAUGUUCCGAAAUCCACACUAGAGCGUAGGGUGAAAGACAAGAACAAACGAGCAACUGGUUCAAACAAAGGACUUGGUAAUUUUGAAACAGUAUUCCCAAAACCAUUGGAGGAAGAACUGGUGAACUACAUAUUAAGGAUGGAAGAGAUAUUUCAUGGACUGACCACUGUUGAUGUGAGAUUGCUGGCCUUCCAACUGGCGGAGAGAAAUGGACUUCCACAUAAGUUCCACAGUGAAACUGAGAGAGCUGGCAAAGAUUGGCUGGCAAAGUUUCUUCGCAGACACUCUAAUUUGUCAAUCAGAUGUCCUGAAGCCACCUCUGCAGCCAGAGCUAGAGGUUUUUAUCGUCAGAGUGUCAUGGCAUUUUUUACUUUGUUAGAAUCACUGCAAGACAAGUACCAUUUUGAACCAGGUAGGAUUUAUAACGUGGAUGAGACAGGAAUAACCACAGUGCAGGGAGUCCCAUCUAAUGUCAUUGCUCUCAGAGGCAAGAAGCAAGUCGGCACUCUAACAUCUGCAGAGCGUGGCACACUGAGCACUGCUACUAUUUGUAUGAACGCACUUGGCAAUUAUAUCCCACCAAUGAUAAUUUUUCCUAGGGUGAGAAUGAAAGAGCAUUUGAAGAUGGGUGCACCUCCAGGAUCACUUUGUGUGGUCCACAAGUCUGGCUGGAUGCAGACGGAGCUGUUCGUAACAUGGUUUCAGCACUUCAUGAAACAUUGUAAGCCAUGUAAGGAAGACCCAGUCCUACUUGUCCUGGAUGGCCACGCAACUCAUACUAAGAACCUGGAAGUGAUCGACUUGGCAAGAGAUAAUGGUGUGGUAAUAGUGUGCCUUCCUCCCCACUGCAGCCAUAGAUUACAACCACUUGAUGUUUCGUUCAUGAAACCUCUGAGCACCUUCUACACACAGGAGGUUGAGAAAUGGCUCCGUCAUAAUCCAGGAAAAGUGGUUACAAUUUAUCAGGUAGCUGAAUUAUUUGGACAGGCAUAA